CGUCAGGCACAAUUUCGAGGAAAGUCGACCACCCCCAAAAGACCACCUCUUCCGAACAGCCAGCAUACCUGUUCUGUGGAUAAGCUAGGGGGAGGUUUGCGGGGCGAAGCGACACCAGCGCUCGGUUGUAGGAAAACCGGAAAAAACAUGUACUUGUGAGCACGGUGCGCGAACGCAGAGUGUUUGUGACGGUGCAGCUUUGAACGCCAGCAAAAAGGGGUUCGGGAGGCAAAAGACAACGUCCGCAAACGGAGCCGCGGGGGGGGGACAGAAAAACCCCACUUCCUAACUGUCAAGUUCUUCAUUCCAGCGAGCUUGUUUUGAUACACGCAUCCGCCUGCUUUGCUGACCGCCGCCAGUGAAGUGUCGCAGUCAUCGUCGAAGGGAAUCGGAAAAAGGCGUACUGUGGGAAACCCGCUGCGAAACAAUGGAACUGGACAACGUAUUCCUCAACAAGCUGCCCAUUGUGGCGGCAACGGGCGGUGACGGUACCUGGAACCAUUACGCGUUUAUCGAAAGCACUUGGGGCGAGCGGAAAAUACUGCUGAAAAUCAUUGUCUUCAGUUCGCUUUACAACACGCCGCUCAGUUUCGUGUCCGAAAUCGAGCAUGAAGUGCUCCAGCAGACGGCACUUCGGUUGGAGCAUUCGUGGGAGGACUUUUUGCAAGAGACCAAGCUUGCCCUCUGCACCGAGGGCGGCGCGAACGGGUUCAGCUACGCGGUCGAGGAGAAUAACUUCGUGUGGCGCAAGAUUCUCGGUCCACAGCUGACGUUCACGUAUGGUUCGGUGAUCCUGCUGCGGUCCCAGUGUUUGCUGUCCGAUGUCCUGUCGAACUCGAUCCACGCCCAGAACCGUUUGCGAACCGAUGUGCUGCUGAAGAACAAAAUCCUUCGCGAGCUUAAGGAGGAACACGAGGAGUUGCUAGAGUUCCAGCGUCAACAGGAAGAGGACACGCGCCUGUACGAGAUCGAACUGAUAACAAAGUGCAUCAGCAUACUGAACGAGAAGAAGGAGGUUAUCAGUCACCUGAAAAAGCAGCUAGGGGAAGACGAAGAUGAGCAGACUAGCGAAGGGCAAACGACGCCGCCACCCGAAGCCGCCGAAGCUCCACCCAAUUCCAUCGAACUGGCCGCCUGUGACAUGCGGGCGGAGAAAGCCGGUUGUCGCGAUGAAUUCAAAACGGCCACCGCGAGUCGCACCGCAACCGAUUACACCGACUCCGAGCCGUUCGAUCUGGACAGCGAAGGACUGCAGGAACCGGAAGAGCAUGGAAUUCUGCCGAAGCGAACUAAGUAUCAAAUGCCGCAACGAAGCUCCACAUCCACCCCCGGCACUUCCGGUAGCACCUCUACGGCCCCGCGGUGUCCGCUGUCGGUCGGUGCCAUGCACGAUGAAGCCCGUGACGAUGACAUAUACAACAAGGACACCGAGGAACUGCUGCAAGAAAUUUGAAGCAAACUAUUCGUUAGGCGGUUGACGUGCUUACCGUUUGAGUAGCGGUAUGCAUUUGCCGUUCGAUAGCGUACAACAAAGCCGAGCACCCCUUAAAUCCCAGGGCCAUGCCACAUCAUCAUACUAGCGCAUCCCUUCCAAAUAGAAAAACAAAUCACCAUCGCAAAAUCAUUGAUAGUGCCCCAGCCAUCCCGAUUGAGACGGACGAACGGUAGACUAAUUAGCUUCUAAGCCUAAGCACCGUAUUACGCAAUGUAACAUGUUACAGUGCAAUGGUAUAAUAUUUAGUAGGAUAAAUUAUGUGCCAAGAAGCGAGGAUUGCCCCGCACGAAACAGAACGGAACUAGGCAGGUGCAAACUUCCCUGAGCAUAUACAAUGCACCGCACUGACUACGCGCUGCUGAUGAAGUAGCGCGGUGUCGGAUUAGGAAGGUGUUUCUUUUUAUUUAGAUUAAAUUAUUUAUUAUUUUUUGCUAUUGUCUUAAGUGUCGACACAUUUUUCGAUAAUAAACCAUCAUAA